AAUGUCAUAUCAGAUGAAAGUGGCUUUCCACUUCCCUUGAUUAGAGGGAGGUUUUGGGUGUCGUUAAACCCCACCUGGUGAUGGUACGCCUGCUCAGCUGUGCUAGACUGCUAGUCCGUGGUUCCGUGCUCGCGGAGUCGCGGUGCUACCACUACCAUCCUCUCCGUCGGCCGCACUCCCGCCUCCCGCUCUCGCAGAGGUCCCCGCGCCGCCUCCACUGAUCUACUACUCAUCACUCAUUGAUUGCCCGUAGCUCACCACCCUGGGCAUUGCGCCCCCUUCCCGCAAACUCCCCCCUUCAGCCAUGGUCAAGCCGCCGCCGCCGCCGCCCACCUCCACCUGUACCUCCGACACCCCGCUACCCACCCCAGGGGGCCUCCUCGGCUCGCUCUCCUCCUCCGCGCACUCCCUCCUCGCCGCGGCGCGCCGCUCCCCGGUCACCACCCUGGUCGCCGCCUUCUUCCUCCUCGCGCUCUUCAUGUACGGCGAGGACGUCCGCACCAUCGCCGAGCUUUCCAUCGACGACUACCUCUACCCCGACGCCGACUUCUACAACGUCUCCGCCCUCCCGCCCCUCGCGCUGCCCCCGGCCACCUGCGACCUCUCCCGCGGCCGCUGGGUCUUCGACAACGUCUCCCUCCCGGCGUAUCGGGAGAAGGACUGCACCUUCCUCACCAAGCAGGUCACCUGCCUCGCCAACGGACGACCCGACGAUCUGUGGCAGUACUGGAAAUGGCAGCCCAACGAGUGCUCCCUCCCCACGUUCGACGCUCGGAGGUUCAUGGAGGCGAUGCGCGGGAAGCGGCUCAUGUUCGUGGGGGACUCGCUCAACCGCAACCAGUGGGAGUCGCUGGUGUGCUUGGUGCAGCCCAUUCUGUCGAAGGGCAGGAAGAAGAUCGUCAAGCGGGGCUCCCUCACUGUAUUCCACGCCAAGGAGUACCGCGCCACCCUCGAAUUCUACUGGGCGCCCUUCCUCGUCGAGUCCAACUCCGAUAACCCCAAGAUCCACAGCAUCGAGCACCGGAUCAUCAGGCCCGAGCGGAUCGAGGGGCACGCCAAGUACUGGAGAGGCGUCGACUACCUCAUCUUCAACACCUACAUCUGGUGGAUGAACACAGCCGACAUGAAAGUCAGGAGACCAAAUUCGAGGUAUUGGUCUGAACAUGACGAGGUUCCCAGGAUUGAGGCGUAUGGACUGGUGUUCAAGACGUGGUCUGAUUGGCUCAAUGACAACAUCGAUCCUGACCGCACACUUGUAUUCUUCAUGACAAUUUCUCCACUCCACAUCAGCCCACAUAACUGGGGGAACCCGGACGGGAUCAGGUGCGUGAAGGAGACGCUUCCGUACCAGAACUACAGCCAGCCGCUGGACCUGUACCACGACAUGCGGAUGCACGACCUGGUGGUGAAGGUGGCCAGCGCCAUGGCGAAGGUGCCAGUGACGGUGAUCAACAUCACCAGGAUGUCGGACUACCGGAAGGACGCACAUACGGGGCUGUACUCCAUCCGGCAAGGGAAGCUGCUGACGCCGGAGCAGAAGGGGGACCCGGAGAAGUUCGCGGACUGCAUCCACUGGUGCCUCCCCGGCGUGCCGGACGUGUGGAACCAGAUACUCUACACGAGGAUCCUUUCCAAACCGCCUUCUUGGGGUUCUUCUAAUGUUAGCCCCUUAUCUCCAUCCCAGUCCCUGCCUCCCCGGUGAGGAUCACAAGCAGGGAAGGCAGGGUCUUUUUCUACCACAGCCUAAGCCUAGGAAAAGCGUACGGUUUUUCGUUCUCUUUCUCCUCCUUUUUAGUCGGUAGGGUAGGUUGAGUGAAGGUUAGAGCAAAAGGGAAAUGGAGGGGGAGGUUACUAAUGGCAUGGCAUGUAGGAUCUUUGAGGUGUAGAUGAGCUGUGAGUUUUGCCAAUUGAGCAAACAGCAGCUAGCUCGUAGACAGUUGCGCUAUGCACAUGUAUGUAUAUAUAUAUAUAUAUAUAAUAUAAAGCCUUCUUCCUGCUGUACUGUAUGCUACAAAAGGUGUCUAUUGCUUUGUUAA